CCUGCCCACAGCAGCGCGUCAAGCCUCGGCUGCGCACAAAAGUUGAGCCAGUCGAACCAGAUUGUGCGUCCAGACGCACCGGUCGAACAGCAGCGGCGAUGGGAGCUUCGCAGACGCGCUCCGACCACGAGCACCAGCACCUGGCGGAUAAAACUGGAUUUUCACUGGAGCAGAUUAAAAACCUCCACAAAAGAUUCCAGCAGCUGAGCGGAAAUGAAGAGACAAUAAGUAAAGAAGACUUGGACCGCAUACCAGCCCUCGCCAAUAAUCCAAUCAAAAAGCAAAUUAUUGAUGCAUUCUUCGACAAAAGGAACCAGCAUCAGGAUGAGGUGGGCUCCUGCGAUGAGAUUGGCUUCGAGCAGUUCCUCAUGGUCAUGUCCCACUUCCGCCCUCCGACUUUGAAGACAACGGAUGAGGAGAAGGAAGCCAUGAGAAAAGAGAAGCUGCGCUUCCUGUUCAACAUGCAUGACACGGACAACGAUGGCACCAUCACUCUGGAGGAAUACAGGAAGGUAGUAGAGGAGCUUCUGUCAAAAAGCGGAGCCAUCGGGCAAGAAGCUGCCAAGGCGAUAGCAGAUGCUGCCAUGUUGGAAGUGGCGAGCACAAAUGUGCCCCACAUGGCCCCAGAUGAUUUCUAUGAGGGAAUUACGUUUGAGCAUUUUGAACAGAUUCUAAAAGGGCUUGAGAUGGAGUCGAGGAUGCACAUUCGCUUUUUGGAUGUAGACACUACAACAAUGCGUUGUGGGAAAUCGACCUCUUGAAGGAAUUCUUCUUGUAAAGAAAUGUUAAUAUUGCUGCUGUUUUUAGCAGAAUCUCUCCAGUCCUUAAAUGGAAUGAGGCCAAACACUUUUUAUAUGCACUAAGAUUUUUUGGGGGUAUGAAGGGAAAUAAUUACAGGCUGAUAACAUUAUGUAAAAGUACAUUUUGAUAAAGACCGUCUGCUGCGGAGUAAGGUUUUAAAACUAAAGAUGCAGUUUUAGAAAAUUGCUAAU